AACCUCAUGGUCAACUAUAUAAUAGAGUAAUUAAGUCAAACAAAAUCUAUACUCCAAUCAUACACUGCCGCGUGUCGUGACUCCACGUGUCAUUUUCUUAUUCACUGUUGAGAAAGGCCCGUGGUGUUCGUACGCCACAGAAUGUCAAUAAGCCCAUUUCCUCUUCUCUCUCCUCCAUUAUAUAUAAUCCUCAGUACAACUACAACAGCCUUCACAACUCUCUCUCUCUCUAACAAAAAAAAGCUUGGUUUCUCUCUCUACAAUGGCGUCCUCAACUCUUCAAAUUCUGAUCCUAGGGUUAGCACUAUGCGUUAUGCUAAUCUCACCUGCACAUUCCAGUACGACCUGCAAAUCUCAGAAAUUCACCGGAAAGAAGUCCUUCUCCAACUGCUCCGACCUCCCAGUUUUAUCCGCUUCCCUCCAUUGGACUUACGACGCUUCAAACUCAUCUCUCGCCAUCGCAUUCACCGCUCCUCCUUCAAAACCUAACGGUUGGGUAGCCUGGGCUAUAAAUCCGACCGGAACCGGCAUGGUCGGAGCUCAAUCUCUCAUCGCCGUUAAACACUCCAACGGAUCCGUUUCCGUAAUGACUUUCAACAUCAGCUCUUACAGAUCGAUCGUUCCUUCGAAGCUUUCUUUCGAUGUUUGGGGACUUAGCGCUGAAUCCGUCGACGGAAACAUCACGAUCUUCGCUACCGUUAAGGUACCGGAGAAAGCGAAGACUCUUAACCAAGUUUGGCAGGUCGGUUCCGGAGUCAACCAAACGAAUGGAUUUCUGAUAAAGCACGAUUUCGCUCCGGAGAAUCUCAACGCUAAGGGUACAUUGAAUUUGGUGACCGGAACAACUGGUGGUGAUGCUCCGUCUAUGGCUCCGGCUCCGGCUACAGGCUCAGCUUCUUCUCCUUCUGGUUCAAGUAACAGCACUGGUAAUGGUAAAAAUGGAGGUGUUUCAUUGAUCGGUAACAGUAAUAAUUUGGGUUUUUUCAUGGUUUCUCUUCUGGUUCUUGUUAAUCUCCUUGCUUUUUAGAUUUGGUGAAAAUGUUAUUGUAGAAGCUUUUUAUUAUUUUUAAUUUUUAAAUUGAUGAAUAGAGAUUUGUUUCUUCAUCAUGUGGAGAAGAUUUGACUAUUUGAGUAUGAACGAUUUAUAGCUUGAGAAUAAUAUUUUUAAAAAAGAAUUAUGUAAUUUUUUUUUUCUUUUGUAAUUUUUCUCAUUUUGGUAUAAAAUUAUGUGUUACUAAA